CCGGGGCGCACGGGAAGAUGGCGGCGGCCGGUGAGGAGGCGGAGGCGACGGACUGGGCGCUGCCGCCGGAGGUGGAGGUGCUGGAGUCCAUCUACCUGGAGGAGCUGCGGGUGGCGCGGGGCCACGGCAGGUGGGAGCCCUGGGAGAUCAGCAUCACCCUGCACCCCGCCACGGCCCAGGACCAGGACUCCCAGUAUGUCCGCUUCACCCUGGUGCUCUCCGUGCCCCCCCAGUAUCCCAACAAAGCUCCGGAAAUCUCGAUCAAGAACCCGCGGGGGCUGUCGGAUGAGCAAAUUCAAAAGAUUUCCCAGACCCUCAGAAGUGUUGCUGAAGCCAGGCUGGGGACAGAGGUGCUCUAUGAACUGAUUGAGAAGGGGAAAGAGAUUCUCACUGACAACAACAUUCCUCACGGCCAGUGCGUAAUCUGCCUCUACGGAUUCCAGGAAAGAGAAGCCUUCACAAAGACCCAGUGCUACCACUACUUCCACUCACACUGCCUAGCCCGCUACGCCCAGCACAUGGAAGAGGAGAUCCUCAUGCAGCAGGAGGAGAGAGAGCAGCACCUGGCGCCAUCCCCCAAACAGGAAGUUGGUGUGCAGUGCCCUGUCUGCAGGGAGACCCUGGUCUACGAUCUCUGCGCUCUGAAGGCGGCGCCACCCCCACAGCACCCGCUGGAGCCGUACCGGCCGGAUGCCAAAACGCUGCAGCACCAGGAAGAACUGCGCUUAAUUUUCAAGAAACAGCAAGAGAAAGGGGGCAUCAUUGACCCUGAAGCAGAGAGGAACCGUUACUUCAUCAGCCUCCAGGCGCCUCCAGCCGCUGUCGAUUCAGGCCAAGCAGCCGCUGCCUCUGAGCUGCCGGUGAGUGCAACCACUGUGGAUGUGCCCCAGCUGCCCAGCCAAGCCUCGGCUCCAGAGCCAGCCGGGGUGCCAGAGGCCAGGGCAGAACCCGGGCGGCCCGAGAGGCCUGCUGUGCCUAGGGAGCAACAGAGCAAGAGGGAGAGGCACAGAGGGGAGAGACCAGCCCCCAGAGGCCAGGGCAGGCAGUCGUGCAGCGGCUCACAGGAACCGGCAGAGGAAGCCUCUCAUUCACUCCAUGGCUCCAGGGGGCCCAGGGGCUUCAGCCGGAGACCGGAGCGAAGACCUGGUGGGAGGCAUAGCCAGGAGUUUUCAAAGCCUCAUGGUAGAAGCAGGGCUGCUGCCUUGGCUGAAAGAAAGGAGUUGUGCCCUGAAGACCCCUCACCUGUAACGGAGGCAGUGGACUUGAAAGAGGAGCACCGUGAUCUGGAGAGAUGGACCCCGGAGGAGGGGGCUGAGACCCGGGGCAGGGAGAAGGAGAACCUGGCAUUCAACCGUAGCGACCACAGAGCAGCUCCCAGCUGGCAGAGCCACCACAGGCCCUGGGACUGUGGGAGGUGGGAGAGAUCCAGGGUCCAGGAGCAUGGUUCCUACCCCAGAGCGCCAAGAGGGCGAGGGGUGUUCAGGCCCAGUGGACGACGAGAAGCCCAUCUCCUUGAGAAGGAGAGUGGAUCCUAGCAGGAGUGGUGAGGGGCUGGGCUGGAGAGGGAAGGGCUGUUUCUGGGGAGAACAGUGAAGGCUCUGAUGGAGCAGUAGCAAGCAGACACUAUACCCCUUGGGAGAGAAGAGGCAGUUGGCAUGUGGCACAGCUUGCAACAGGCUGUGUCUCCAGGGUUUGUGUGGAGUGAGGCAUCCCAGCAUGAGCAACUGGCUGUCACCAGCGUUGGAGAAGCUGACUCCUGGCAGAUCAUGUCAGCCUUGGUUUUGGAGGACCCAGGGGACAGAGGAAGCCUUGUCUGGGGACCUGCAGCCAUGAUCCUUGUAUGGGUGCUGCCAAGAAACAUGCACACCUACAGAGCAAACAGACUGAGCCCAGCAUGGUGCCAUGGCAGAGCCAGAGUUGUGGCAGGACCUUCCCUAGAAGCCAGUGUCCUGGCCAAGCCAUGGUGGUGCCAAGUGAUGAGGCUGUGCCAGGGCAGCUUGCUGUGUCCCGCAUUCCUUCUCAGAGCACCCUCUGAGCUGCUGUCCCUUGGAAAUAACAUCACUUCUCCUGCAGCCCUGACUGCUUUCAGCUGAUGGGCUUGGCCAGGCAAAUCCUUUGAACAACGGGACAUUUCCGAGUCCCAGCCAGGAAAGCUAAAUUAAGCUUAAAUCAAUGCAUCGGCAGGUCAGGGCUGUCUGGUGGCUGAGGCUUUGGAUUGGCUUCUGCUCCCCCAGGAAACCCGAAGUUAGCUGGAGCUCCUACCCUGUCCUUCAGCUGCUUUUGUGCAGGCAGAAGCUGAUAGAGAGACCUGGGAAGCGCAUUCCGCUUUGCAACCUGUAUCUGUCAGGAUCCUCCUUCUAAGGCCAGGCUGUCUCUUGGAGCUUCCGACAGCCUGGAGUGAAGACGUGCCCCAAUACUUUCGGUACUUCGGCCCUCCUUUCAUCUUCAAGCUGAUCUUGCCUCAAAGAAAUGAGGAUUUGCUGUUUAAACUAACUUGGUGCAGUUCCCCCUGCUGCUGCUUCACAGAUUUAAAGUGUCCCACUCCAGAGCUGUGAUGGGUGAUCCUACGCCCCUGAAGUGGGACACUGGUAUUAAAUUACUUCAUUGUGUCUUCUCCAGAGCCUGCUCCCUUUGAUUUCUCUGCCUUCUCGCUCCUGUUCUUCGCUGUUUGGAGUGAAGGUGUUGAUCCCUGGUAUUGCUUGCUCCCCUCCCUGCUCCCUACACCCAGGGCCAGGGCAGAGACCAUCCCCUGGCCCUCCCACGUAGCAGGAGGGUUCCCCAGUCCCAGCUUUGCCUGGCUCGGUGUAAGCUGUUUGGCUUACCCAGACAGUACCAAUUCCUUCACACUCAUUUGUGCCUUGUGCCCCCCCCCACACCUCUUUUUUGGCCACACCUGGGUUGUUAUUGUCUUCCUCCUCCUGCCAAGUGCAAAAACAACCAUGCCGCGAUGGACUUGCCAGAGCAUCAGGUGAGAUCCCAAGGACACCAGGGGCUGCACGCCAGCUGGGAGAGCAUUUGCACUGCUUCUGCCUGGCCAAUCCUUCGGCACACGAAGGGUGCACAGAAGCUCUCCUGAAUGGGUCCUCCUCACCUGCUGCCCUGUUCUCUCCACAUCUGGCCUUGUCCUGAAGGGCUUGGUUUAAACCGCUGCCCAAGAACCUUCUGCGCUUAAAUUUCCAACACUGGCCUAUUUUCAACCUUAAUGCUCUAAAAGUGUUAUUUAUUUUUUCCCUCCUUGGUCUGAGCCUGCAGUACCUGUCCUGGGCUUGGGGAUCUGAGAGCCAGAUGUUGUGCCCUGCUGGGGAUGAGGGCCGAGCACUCGCUCCCUGAAGAGAGCCCUAAUUUUUCUUCAGUACUCACUCUGUCCUUGUUCCAGCUGUUUCCUGGGUGAACAGUGUGUCUACACUUGGGUGAAAAGGUGUAAACUUUAUCUGACAUUGGUGCUUGUUCUGCUGCCUCCUGCCUUCACUUAUGAAAUGGCUUUUGAUCAUGUCCUGAAAGAAACAUGAAGAUCUCUGCCCCUCACAGCAGCUGAAACUCCUUGGUUUCCUCCAGCAAGCCAAGCUUACUCAGCAGGAAAGCUGUGUCUGGUGUUUGGAGCAUGGAAAUUCGAGUGAGCAAGGACUUGGGUAACUUCAAUCAAAUGCCGGAUGUGUUAGAGGGGAGGGUUUUUUUUCUGGAAGUAGGGAUUUGGGAAAGACCAUCACCUUUCUGACUCACUGCUGUCAGCCUGGAGCAGAGGACAUUUUGCAACAGCACGUGGAAAUGAAUUUAGGCUAAACAAAACAAACCUCCAGGUGGGAGGGGAGAAAUGGAGCCUGUACCCUGCUCUGGGGCUCCUCAUUUGGUGUCUGCCAGCAUCACCCACCUACCUCACAGGGUUGUUGUGAGGCUUAACUGGCAAAAGCACUCGAGCCGGGCCGAAGGCCAUCGGCAGCAUCUGUAGCAUUAACACUAUUAAAAGCAAGCAGAGUGAGA